AAGCUACCUGCCUCAGUUUCCCCAAGCCCGCGAUGAGACUGCCAGCGUCAGCACGAUCAGUAGUACCAGCCUGGAGUCUGAGGCUCGGGGUAAACUGAGGCACUCGAGGCGCGCGAAAGAUCCGCCUCCUAAGAGACAUUUAAUCUGGGGGGAUUUGCAGGAAACUUCUAAAUUAAGGGCAGCGGCUGCCGCAGCUGAGGGGGGGGAGACCCAGGUCCUUGCACCCGGGCAGCUGCCGUGAGCUCACGCCCUGAAAUAGCCCCAGGGGCCCAAGCCACAGCUGCCACUGGACCCAGCUGUCACUCAAAGGAAGCGAAGAGCCCCCCGGCCCAAGGGUCCCUUCCCCUCUAGACAGCCCAUGGUUUUCCCAGCCCCGAUGGGCUAAUAUUCCCUUCCGACGGCAGGCUGGGAGGAAAGCAGGCAGGGGCGGUACCCCAGGGGGCGGACCCGAGGAGGUAGGCGCAUCCCCCAACCGGGCAGUACUUCUGCCCCUACAAGGUUUGGGCCGCGGUGGGGGAGGGUCCUGGUCCCCCGGCUCCGCCUGGUCCCUCCCUGCCUUUUAGGCGCCCGCACGCCUGGGACAUCCCAGUCCUGCUCGGUCCUCCUGAGCUGGUCCCCCUGCGGCGAGUCCUCGCAGCCAACCUAGUCCACCCAGUCCUUACCGCCCGCCGGCCGACCCGCCCCCCACCGCAGCCAUGGACGCCAUCAAGAAGAAGAUGCAGAUGCUGAAGUUGGAUAAGGAGAACGCCAUCGACCGCGCGGAGCAGGCCGAAGCUGACAAGAAGCAAGCUGAGGACCGCUGCAAGCAGCUUGAGGAGGAGCAGCAGGCUCUCCAGAAGAAGCUGAAGGGGACAGAGGAUGAGGUGGAGAAGUAUUCUGAGUCCGUGAAGGAUGCCCAGGAGAAACUGGAGCAGGCUGAGAAGAAGGCCACCGAUGCUGAGGCAGAUGUGGCCUCCCUGAACCGCCGCAUUCAGCUGGUAGAGGAGGAGCUGGACCGAGCUCAGGAGCGCCUGGCUACAGCCCUGCAGAAGCUGGAAGAGGCUGAGAAGGCAGCUGAUGAGAGCGAGAGAGGAAUGAAGGUCAUUGAGAACCGGGCCAUGAAGGAUGAGGAAAAGAUGGAGCUGCAGGAGAUGCAGCUGAAGGAGGCCAAGCACAUCGCCGAGGACUCAGAUCGCAAAUAUGAGGAGGUGGCCAGGAAGCUGGUGAUCCUGGAAGGAGAGCUGGAGCGCUCAGAAGAGAGGGCGGAGGUGGCUGAGAGUAAAUGUGGGGACCUAGAGGAGGAGCUGAAAAUUGUUACCAACAACUUGAAAUCCCUGGAGGCCCAAGCGGACAAGUACUCCACCAAAGAAGAUAAAUACGAAGAGGAGAUCAAACUGCUGGAGGAGAAGUUGAAGGAGGCUGAGACCCGAGCAGAGUUUGCUGAAAGGUCUGUGGCGAAAUUGGAGAAAACAAUUGAUGACUUGGAAGACGAGGUCUAUGCACAGAAGAUGAAGUACAAGGCCAUCAGUGAGGAGCUGGACAACGCACUCAAUGACAUCACCUCCCUCUGAGCCCACACCAGUGUGGCCACUGCGGACCCUCUUCUCUCCCCUUUCUCUGUUCUCUCCAUGGGGAGGGAGAAGGCAGAAGGAGCACAAAUUAGCAACACAGCCAGGCUGGGGGCAGCCUAGGGAGAGCUCCCGACACUCCUAUCACCCACUCUGACUCUGGCUUCAUCCUUUACCUAGCCACCACCCACUGCCCUCCACCCCCUUCUGCUGCCUAAUAAAUUCUGAACUUGG